UCUACUCGCAAUAACUGGUCACACUCAAUGAACACAUUUGGGUUAUCAGCUGCUUGAAAAUAUUGCAUUUAAUAAUAAUAUUAUUAAAAUGCUUAAGCUUUUACCUCAAGCAUUACAACAGACGCGUGCCCUUUCAUCGGCCACUGCAUCAGUGACGAGACUUCAUCGUUCGGUCUACUGUCGUACUUAUCCGACAGUUGUUGUGCACCCUGAUGGAUCUACAAUUAACAUUCGAUACCACGAGCCUCGCAAAAUAAUCAAACUGCCAUUGGAUUUAAGUACACUGUCCGAGGCGGAGCGUAAGUCGCGUUUGGAGGCUCGAAAGCCGCGUAAAAAGGUCAAGAUCAUGGACGAAGUGGAAGAUAACUUUAAUGCGAGAAAGUAUAUGAAAUAUAUUAAAAAUAAAAAAUAGUUUAUCAUAUAAAUAAA